GCUGGUUUUAAUUAUACCAGCGUUAGAAAGAAACUGCAGAGAGGCUCGUCAGCUCCCGGUUCAUCCCGGUCUUGUCAGUCACCAUUGUUGCCAGGCACAAAACUGGACACAUAUGAGAAGUUUUGACAUAGAAGUUGUGGAAUAUUGUUCACUAACCCACCCCCACACACCCAUUUUAUUCCACACUGACAAAAGCUGAGAUGAAUGAGUUGUUCUCUGGCCCUUCCCACUUUGCAUAGUCAUUGGCUGGCUUGGUUCUAAAAGGGAUUUAAAAAAGGGGAAUAAUGUGCCUUUGCCUGGGAUCUGAGACUGUCAGGGUGCUGAAAAGCUAAUCUGCGAGCUGCCACCAUGCAGAUCCCUUGGGCUGUGUGCUCUGUCUGUGUCUUAACACAAAUGGCAUUUCGAUCUGUGGAAGGGUGGCAAGUGUUUAAAAAUGAUGCUACAGAAAUCAUCCCUGAGAUGACUGAAAACACAGAAACACCGAUGGAGCAGACUUUCAGCAACAACAACACGAUGAACCAGGCAAAGCAUGGAGGAAGACACAUACAGCAAGCUCCAGACCCUAACGACGCUUCCGACUUCAGCUGCAGGGAGAUGCGCACCACCCGCUACGUCACAGAGGGGCCCUGCCGCAGCAUCAAGCCCGUCAAGGAACUGGUGUGCUCUGGUCAGUGUGUCCCCUCGCACCUCCUGCCCAACUCCAUCGGCAGAGGGAAGUGGUGGCGGCAGAACUCCCUGGAUUAUCGCUGCAUCCCCGCGCACACGCGCACGCAGCGCAUCCAGAUGGCCUGUCCUGACGAAGAGACUCGGACUUACAAAUUCCGAGCCGUCACGUCCUGCAAGUGCAAGCGCUACACUCGCUACCACAACCAGUCCGAGCUGAAGGACUUUGGGAAGGAGCCUGCCAGGCCUCAGAAGAACAAGAAGCCCCGUCUCUCCAGGGCGAGGAGCAGCAAAUCGAACCAGCAUGAGUUAGAAAACGCUUAUUAGAAGGCGGCUCCGAGCGGUACAGCCUGGCAGCUCUGGAUAUCUGACGAGACAUCGACUGGCACUCACAGGCCACAGCAUCACGUUCUGACUGCAGUAGGUUUUAAUUCCUUCUGCUAAGCGGGGUCAAAGGCUCACACAGUGAAAAACCUGUCCGACUGUAGCAGCUACGGUGUGAUAAAGGAACGAGAGAAACUGAGCUGGAGGUAGCAACACCUAAAUUCAGUCCGAGAGGAGAGGUACACCUUGGAGGUCCUGUGGCUUGUACAAGUAGGAAGGCAGAAGAAAGUGAAGCUGUUAUGGUGACAAUCACACUAUAUUAGAAGUCAUUCUACUCUAUGUGAAAAGAAUACUGAGAUCUCUUUCCCACUUCUGUAAGUGCCAUGAUGCAGGACAAGCAUGAGAUUAGGAAGCACCAGGAAAGCUGCCACUCUCUGAAUGAGUUGUAGGAAGUUAGUGAUAGCAGGGAUUUCCACAGUAAUGGUGCCUGAAGUCAAGUUGUCGGGAUGUCAGAUGCCCUCAUGACCCAGUUGUCUCCUCCAAAACACAGAAAUCAAACGAUGAUGCUCAUGUUCUCAAAAGUGUGACAAAUCUGUUU